AAAGCCGAUUGUAACGCAAGCAUUUCAUUUCGUGUGACAAACAAGUGAAAAUAACACGCAAUUAGAGGAAUCGGAAUCUAGCGGCAACUAUGUCUGAUGCGGAGCUGGAACAGACGCCCAGCGUGGGCCACGCGGAGGUGCAGCCGCCGGAGGAGGAGCAAGCGGCGGAUGACUACACAGAGGGCGGUCCACCGAGGACGCCGGUCGAAGAUGCGGCCGCCGAAUUGAGCGCCAGUCUGGAUGUCAGCGGCUCGGAUCAGUCGGCGGAACAGUCGCUGGACCUCAGUGGUGGUGUCCAGGUGGAGGAGACAUUGGAGUCGGAGCUACCAGCGAAGCGGCUGCAACGCGACAUCAGUCCCAUUUCCGAGGACAGCACUCCCACGAGCAGCACCUCGAACAGCUCCACUAGCACAUCCAGUUCCUCGCGCUAUGACGAUAUCAGCGAGGCGGAGGAGGCGCCUCCGGAACAGGAACAGCAGCAGGAGCAGCAGGAGCAGGAGCAGCAGGCUCAGGAUCAGGAGCAGGUGAAUAUGCCGGAACAGAAUCAGGGUCAGGUUGCCCAACAAGAGCAGGAAAUGGAGGUGGACCGGGACUUGGACACCGAGGAUGAUCCCUCUUCCAAUACUGUGAUCUGCGUGGCCGACAUCAAUGCCUAUGGCAGUGGCUCCAGUUCCUCACGAUACGACAAUAUAAGCGAGGCGGACGAGACGACUCCUGCAGAGCAGGAAGAGCAAGAGCAGGCCCAGAAUGAGGAGCAGGAGAAGAAGCCGGAGCAGGAUCGGGAUCUCCAGCAAGAGCAGGAAGUGGAGGUUGACAACGAGGAUAAGCCUGCUCCAAAAAAGAUGAUCUCUGUGGCGGACAUCAGUGACUAUGGCAGUGGUUCCAACAUCAACGACUACGUCAUAGAUCCCGAUGCGCCCACCAAGGCCAUUAUCACCGAGGUGGUCACCAUACCCGCUCCACUUCGCCUGAAGGGGGCAUCCCAACUGGGAAUACCGCAGGCUGCACCACUUCCGAUGCCUGUUGAGGAUGAAGUCCCCGAAACGCCCGCCUCGCCCACCGACGAUGGCGAGGAACCACCCAGCGUUGGCCAGUCCAGCCAUAUGCGCAGUCACGGCUCGCAGGACACAACCCAUCGCGAUCCCCGCCAGCGCCUGUCCUCGAUGCGCGUUCGCUACAUGCAGGAGGGCACCCAGCACCAGGUGCAGCAACCACUCGCCCGCCAGGCGGCGCCCCGCGAUCCCCGCCAGCGCUACAUGCCACCACCGACCGUGCUGCCCAGCCAAACCGUGCUCGGCGCCAAUGUCGAGGCCAUUUCCGAUGACAGCAGCGAGACGAGCAGCAGCGAGGACGACGACGAGGAGGAGGAGGAGGACGAGGACGAUGUGCUGACCCUGGACACGCACGACAGCACCUCCAGGGAGACGGUGAUCAGAACGGGCGGCGAUCCGCUGAUGCAGAAGAUCGAUAUAAACGAGAACCCGGAGAAGAUCUAUUAUAUUCGGCGCGACGAUGGCACUGUGCACGCCGGCCAGGUGCUGCAAUCGCGAGCUACGGAGAAUGCGGCCUCUCCGGAUGAGUAUUACGUGCACUAUGUGGGCCUGAAUCGCCGUCUGGACGGUUGGGUGGGCAGGCACCGCAUCUCGGACAACGCGGAUGACUUGGGCGGCAUUACUGUCCUGCCGGCACCACCGUUGGCCCCCGAUCAGCCCAGCACCAGCCGUGAGAUGCUGGCCCAACAGGCGGCCGCAGCGGCAGCGGCCUCCUCCGUCGAGCGCCAGAAGCGAGCGGGUAACAAGGACUACUAUCUGUCCUAUUGCGAGAACAAUCGCUAUGACUACAGCGACCGGAAGAUGACACGUUACCAGAAGCGGCGUUACGACGAGAUUAACCACGUGCAGAAGAGCCAUGCUGAGUUGACCGCCUCGCAGGCGGCACUCGAGAAGGAGCACGAGUCCAUCACCAAGAUCAAGUACAUUGAUAAGCUGCAGUUUGGCAACUACGAGAUAGACACCUGGUACUUUAGUCCCUUUCCCGAGGAAUACGGCAAGGCGAGGACUCUGUAUGUGUGCGAGUACUGCUUGAAGUAUAUGCGAUUUAGGAAUAGCUACGCCUACCAUCUGUACGAUUGCAAGAAGAGGCGUCCACCGGGCAGGGAGAUCUACCGUAAGGGCAACAUAUCCAUUUACGAGGUGAACGGCAAGGAGGAGUCACUGUACUGCCAGCUGCUCUGCCUGAUGGCCAAGCUCUUUUUGGACCACAAGGUGUUGUACUUCGAUAUGGAUCCGUUUUUCUUUUACAUCCUCUGCGAGACGGACAAGGAGGGUAGCCACAUUGUGGGCUAUUUUUCCAAGGAGAAGAAGUCACUGGACAACAACAAUGUGGCCUGCAUCCUCGUCCUGCCGCCGCAUCAGCGCAAGGGUUUCGGUAAGCUGCUCAUUGCCUUCAGCUAUGAGCUGUCGCGCAAGGAGGGCGUCAUCGGGAGUCCGGAGAAGCCGCUGUCGGAUCUCGGGAGGCUAAGCUACCGCAGCUAUUGGGCGUACACCCUGUUGGAUCUGAUGAAGAACCGCUGCUCGCCGGAGCAGACCACAAUCAAGGAACUGAGCGACAUGAGUGGCAUCACCCACGACGACAUCAUCUACACGCUGCAGUCCAUGAAGAUGAUCAAGUACUGGAAGGGCCAGAAUGUCAUCUGCGUUACGGCCAAGACCAUUCACGAUCACCUCCAGCUGCCGCAGUUCAAGCAGCCCAAGCUGACCAUCGACACCGAUUACCUCGUCUGGAAUCCCCAUAGUGCGCCGGCAGUGGCCAGAGUUCCGGGCAGUUCCGGCUAGCAUACGGAACCACGGGACCCCGUCCUGCUAUCAUCGCAAAUUAUUGUUAUAGACGAUGAUGAAGAUUAAGACACUUUUUUUUUCAUAUUUUUAAGGAGCCAUAAGAGUACAUACUAUAUAGAUUUUCUGACUUAAAACUGAAGCAUUUGGAGCAUUCAAAACAAUAAGCAAUGAAAAACUUGAGUUACGUUUUGUUCAAACAUUUGGUUUUCAGUUUUUUUUCAUAGUUGAUAGGGAAAACCUUACGGAUAGGCUGUUGUAACCCUUGUUGUUUGAAGCAAAUGUAAAAACUCUUAGUUACGCCAAAAUUUUUUUUUUCGUAGUCAAUAGGCUGUUGUAACCCUUAGUAUUCGAAGCAAGUGUAAAAACUCUUAUUUACGAAAUAGUUAUUUAAAGUAGAGCUAAAUCAUCUGAAGAUAUAAAUGUAAGCAAUUUGAAUGUAUUACUUCAUUAUUUACUUUAAUAUUUGCCAACUGCAAACGAAUAUCAAAAGUCUGCUUAAUCAUAAAACCUCAAGCAGCUAUAUUUUCAGAAAUCCAAGGACUUUAAACAGAAUCUAAUAACAAUAAACGUUUGUGUUUUUUUUUUUUUGAAGACAAUAAGUAUAUUUGUGUGUCCUGUCUUAAAUACGUUUUUCGUUACAUUAACGUCGUGAAUAAAAAAAAGGAAAGAAUACUUCUGCACACAAAGUCAACCAGUUUGAUUAUAUUUUAUUAAUACAUGUUUAUCUGUAACAUACAACUUGAAUACAUUUACUUUAUAUUAAAUCUAAUAAAAACCGAGAAACGGAGAACAUUCAAAAUUUA